UGUCCAGGUGAACGUUGGCAGGCGUGACGACAGAUGGACCUUGCAGACUGAGGGAUUAUACAUCAGCACCGAAACAGCUCCUGUACUGUACACGCAGACACCAGACCGGAGCGUAUUCACACACCCACACACACACACACACACACACACACUCACACACACACACACACCAGGCGAGAGGGCGAUGCUCCAGACAGGGAGCAAGUGUCACUUAUCACAAAGUGUAACCUCGGAACGCCGGAUUAUUUAAGAUGAACGGGGAUACGGACAGUACGGCUUCUGUUGCCACCAUGGAGGUUUGGAGCUCUUCAGCGUCCGAGGGAGAGGAAGAGGAGAAGAGCACCUGCAGUGCUGGAGAUGAGGUUGUGCAGGGGAAGGCGUUUCUCAACAGCAACAAUAAUAACAACAACAAUAACAACAACAGUGAGGUUGCACAAGUGUUGUGCUCAGACAGAGUGGGCCAAGUCACCAAGACGUAUCACGACAUUAAGGCGGUCACCCACCUGCUGGAGGAGAAAGAGCGUGAUCUGGAGCUAGCGGCACGCAUCGGACAGUCUCUGCUGAAACAAAACCAGGAACUGACGGAGAAGAAUGGAGUUUUGGAUGAGCAGCUGGAGAUGGCGAAGGAAGAGAUUGCACAACUUCGGCAUGAACUUUCAAUGCGAGAGGAUCUUCUUCAAUUCUACGCGAGUGCAGAAGAGACGGAUCCUGCUGAGUCGCAGUCGCCAAUCAAGAGGAACCCAUCGUGCAGUUCUCUUGGCCAGUUUGUGCAAUACGACUUCCUGCAGCAGAAACUAAAAGGUUUAGAGGAAGAGAACCGUAAACUGCGAUUAGAGGCCUGUGAGCUGACCACUGAGACCACCAACUAUGAAGAGCAGGAACAGGAGCUGAUGAUGGUGUGUGUGGAGGAGCUCUCGUCCGUCAAUAAACAGGUGGUCGACCUGUCCGACGAGCUUGCGCGCAAAGUUGAGGACUCUCUGCGACAACAGGAGGAGAUCAGCUCGCUCCUCGCGCAGAUCGUGGACCUGCAGGCCCGUUGCAAAGGCCUACAUCAUGAAAAUGAAGAGCUGAAUCAGCACCUGAGUGCCUCACGGGAGAGUCAGCUCAAACUCCAGUCUGAGCUGAAGGAACUGCAGGACAAAUACUCCGAGUGUGAGGACAUGCUCUGCGAAGCUCGGGAGGACAUUAAGAAUCUGAGGAAUAAGAGUCUCCCCAAUGGAACCGUGCAGCGAUACACGGCCCUGGCUUCGGUUCUCCCCAUGGACAGUCUUGCAGCAGAAAUAGAAGGAACCUUCCGGAAAGGCCUGGACGCACCUGCACCUCCAGAGUACAAAAACCAUCCGUUCCGCGUGUUCGAAACGGUGAAGGUAGUGAACAAGGCGGUGAGGAUGCGGUCACGGUGUCACUCUCCGGGACUCCCUGGUUCUAGCUCGCCUACCGUCCACUCUAGCUGUAACAGCACCCCGAGAACCAGCUACUACGGCUCUGACAACGCCAGCCUCAUUCUGGAGGACAAGUCCACCUCCAGUCCUGCGCAGAGGGAGGACAGUGGGCCGAAGCGACUGGGUCAACCAGGUUUGCCUGGCGGUCAGGACCUGGAAGCGGCCCUGCAUAACCUGUCGGCCCGUCAGCAGAGCCACUCCUCGGAGCGGCCCUUCUUCGACGUGGAGCGAGAGAGGAAACUUCGUGCCUUGGCUGCUAACUGUGACGACGAUGAGGCGUCGAGUGGCUUCCUGACACCCAACGACAGUUUGGCCUCCAGUCCUGCGGCGUCCACCGGCACCAACUACUCCAACGGAAGCUCGCGGCACUCCUGCGUCUCCUCCUCCGGAUCCAGGUCCUACCUGCCCGACCGCCUGCAGAUUGUCAAGCCACUGGAAGGCUCGGUGACACUGCACCAGUGGCAGCAGUUGGCCAAACCCAACCUGGGGGGGAUCCUGCACCCACGACCCGGCGUUCUGACCAAAGACUUCCGGGAGCUGGAGGUGGACAUUCAGCACGUCUACAGCCUGAACGACCUGGAGGAGGACGAACCUGACCUGUCGAUGCUGUCAGCACAUGGCAUGGCCACAUCCCCUCAGACCUCAUCCAGCCACCCCAAACCUACCAGCCAAGUCCUGCCACCGUCCCUCCUCACCCCCUCCUUCUCCUCUAGCGUUGACUCUGGCGGCCUGCCAUCUUGUCGGAACUGUGAGAAUGUAAGGCCCACGUCGUCUCCACUCAGGGGGGGAACCACCACUGCCAAUGUAGCGUCGCCAUCACUGGGACUCAUGCGGCUUCUGCAGGAGCGCGGCAUAUGUGCCUCUCAAAAUCCCGGCGCUGAACUCCCCAGCUCCACAGGCUCGCCUGGGCGGAGGGGCGGGACCAGGAGCGUCUUCAGUUGGAACUUGGUGGAGAAACUUCAGAGCCUGGGUCUGCACAAGGUGGCGGCCCUCGGGAUGGCAGGGGCCGAUGGGAACGGCAGGCCACUGUGCAGACGUCUGCCCAAAGUUUGACAUCAGCCCAUUCACCGUAGUGACUUUGCACUGAGCUGUGUGACUUCUGAUGCAGUGUCUUGAAAAUGAAGCCAUAAUGUGAGCUUACCUGUCACUGUUGUGUGUGUGUGUGUCUGUGUGUGCGCGUGUGUGAAACACAUCCAUCUCAGGACAAUCACCUGCUUUAUGGCCAUGUGUACAUACCAUUGUUUUCCAAAAAAACGUGUUUUAAGAAUAUUGUACAUGCCGUUUUACACAUUUAAUAAAAGUCCUUUAGCGCUGUUGUAGUUGACAAAUUAGAACAUCGUUCUGUGGAUCAUUUGUUCAUCGAGUAUUUAUGGGAGAAACACUGACAUCUGUCGGUGAAGGUGUGAAUAUCAGACCCAGAUUUGCUGCAGUCCCUCUAAUGGCCUUGACGUAAUGCUACCUAACAGUAUGGUUCAGCUCAACAUCCCGCCAGUCAGUUUUUACUGUCGCCCUCCACUGAAUAUUGAAUGAACAAAUGACACACAAACGUUGUUAUGUGACGACUUGUCGAUGCAGUAAUUGUUCACCAAACCGAUGCUGUAAAUCUUUCAAAUGCACUUUGAUUCAGUCUUCCAACAUCUGCUGUCACCAGGAGUUGUAAAUACGUUUCUGACUUCUGCAUGUCGGAGACAUCGCGUAUGAUUUUACACCUGGAUGUGAGAUGUUUUCACUCUGCUGGAACUGAAAUGCAAUAAAGUCAUUUUAUUAUUUAUAGCAGCUAGAUGUAGGUUAUGAAUAACCAAGGGAAGGCUUUUUUUUUUUUUAAAGGGAAUGAGACAGAGACUGUCUGCACUACUGUUGUGUGUCAAUAUCUUGGAUCCUGGUCAAUAAAACCUUAAAUACAGAAA